AUGAGGUCGUGGAGAAGUAAAACACCGUUAACUUGGGUUCAAUGUCGUCGAAUAAUCAACGUGUCUUUGCCUAACAACCAACCUAUUUCUAUCGUGGCAAACCCGACGGAGCUGAUGUUGCUAUUUUAUGUUCGCUACAUGAACUUGACUCUUAACCAUGAAGAGUCUCCCCCACAACAGCAUACUCUGGCCACAACGAAAGAGGGGUGCUCCUUGGUAUCAGCGGACUCCGUUCACAUUGAUGUAAUCCACACCAAAAGUGAAGAGAAUCACCAAAACAAGGAAAAAAAAGAAGUGGAGAGUCCUGAAAAAGCAAAUGAAGAGACUGUGAAUGAAGAGAGUAACGAUGUUUCAAAUCAGCUCUUGUUAGACAGUGUUUAUGCUGCUAGUGUGUUGAGUUUUUAG